GGUUUUAAAAACACUAGGCAACAUGCUAAAAAUCACAACACAUCUAUGAAGACGGUCAGCCACAGAGACUAAUGGAGAUUGAGACUAUUUAUCAAAAUGUUGAACACAAAGACAUUAAGGACACAUUUGGACCUCAAACACAGAGUCACAGGCAGGAUGAAGCAAAAGCUCACAAAUGCAGAGGAAGUAGAUGUUUGGUGUUGAUCACAGUGAGUCUCGGGUUCAUUUGUGUUCUUCUGCUUGUCUUCAUCAUACUGCAGCACAUCACCAUCACACCAGAGAGAGACCCGAUAAAGAGUUACAAGAACACAGUUGAAGAGUUCAAUCAAACCAUCAACAGCUUACAGGACAAUUACACUGAUUUAACACAGAAGAACCUGAAACUGGAGACCAGAGUCAAAUAUCUCACUGCUGAGAAAAAACAGUUACAGAGAGAUUUUGACUCUUUGAAUAAAAAGAAACUGGAGUUAGAAAGCAAAGUCACUUCUCUAAGUAGGUUCUUCAUAUCCACUGAGUUGAAGAGCUGGUCUGACAGCAGACAGUACUGCAGGGAUCGUGGAGCUGAUCUGGUCAUUAUCAACACUGAAGAGAAGCAGAGGUUCAUAUCUUCAUUAGUCAGUGAGAGAGUGUGGAUCGGUUUGUCUGACAGAGAGCAGGAGGGCAUCAUGAAAUGGGUGGAUAAUUCACCACUGAAACAAGGGUUUUGGCUCAAAGGUGAGCCAAACAACUACGGUGGAAAUGAGGACUGUAUUCAACUGAAUUAUAAUAGAGAGAAGCCGGGAUGGUCACCGCUGAACAGUUGGAAUGAUGUUGCAUGCUCUGAGAAGAUAAAGGGGAUUUGUGAGAAAUAGGGUUCAUCCCGUCUUGUGGUUUUGCUCUUAUUAUCUAAUAUAAUCAUUCUUAUUGUAAACACAUGAGUUCUGAUUAAGGUUCCUGCCUUUUAAAAAAAAAAAAAAAAAAAAAAAAAAACAAUCAGCUAAUCUGAAAUUUGUUAGAAGGACAUUGUAAAAAUGUCAUUAUUUUCUUAUUGCUAUAAUAAUCUUCGGUUUCUCAUGCUGUGAAUUCAGGUGAUCUGGGAUACAAAACCUCUGAUGUGUUCAUGUUUUGCUCCAUCACAAGCAGCUCUAUAUUAAUAUGAUCUUAUUCUAGCUGUUAUCAUGAGUCUCAUUUGUUGAU